UCUGUUAAUUACCAUAGGUAAGAAGAUUAUAUUAAUUUAAUAUCUUGAAUAGUAGCCAAUUUAAUCUCUUCUACACCUUUAUAUAACACCUCGCAUUAGCAAAGUUCUUAUACACCUAGUAAUCAAGUCAAGUGUUUAGAGCUUUCUUGUUAUGUUAAUUAGUUUGAUUUUUUAUUUUAAAAGACCUUAUGUUCAUGCCUACAAAAAAAUGAUUGAAUUCAAGAGGCAUCAAAGAAGUGUUCAACAAACUUUGCUGGUGCUAUAUUUCCUUUUGUGUUGUAAUGAGGUACAAGGAGAAAAAAAGAUAUCCAAAUUAGAGGAUAUGGAGUUAGAGAAACAACUAUUACUUCUGAACAAGCCAGCAAUCAAAACAAUUAAGACUACAUAUGGAGAUAUAUAUGACUGUAUAGAUUUCUACAAACAACAUGCGUUUGAUCACCCCUUGUCGAAGGACCAUAAUUUUCAUCCUAAGAUGAAACCUACUUUAUCUAGGAUAAAGCAAAACUCAGAUGCCUCGACAACUAGUAGGUCAUCGACAAUAUGGUCAAAAGAUGGAGGUUGUCCUUCCGGAACCGUUCCCAUUAAGAGAAUUACAAGGAUGAUCUUAUUAGACAAAGAAGUAUGCCACCGCUUUAAAAAUGUCAAAUUCAAUGCUCAAUUUGUUGGCGUAAGAUAA